AUGCUCACUCGGCUACUUCUCUUGACUUCGAUUUGGGGGGCAGCAUGCGCUCCUGCUCCGCCUUGGGUAGAAGCUGAUUCCUCUCAUCCGCUUGUGACAGUCAAAAAUGGCACAUAUGCUGGCGUCCACUCCAGCACCUACGAUCAGGACUUCUUUCUAGGCAUUCCAUUUGCAGAACCUCCCAUCGGGGACCGAAGAUUUGCAAACCCUGCCCCGCUGGCAGAGGAAAGCUGGGACGGUACUCGUGAUGCUACUACCUACAGCCCGUUUUGUGUCGGUUAUGGUUGGGCUUCGGCGGGAUACGAACUCAGCGAGGAUUGUUUGUACCUGAACAUCAUUCGACCCGCGAAUGUCGAAGGGCCUCUUCCCCUCGCUGUCUGGUUCUAUGGUGGUGCGUGGACUCAAGGUGGUGCACCUGACCAGCGCUAUAACCUGUCCUUCAUCGUUGAACGCUCGGUCGAGCUGGGUCACCCGAUCAUGGCCGCCUCGAUCAACUACAGAGUGAGUGUCUGGGGAUUUCUUGGAUCGUCGGAAGUUGCCGAAUCUGGGAACUCGAACUUUGGCCUCCGCGACCAGCGCCUUGGGCUGCAUUGGAUACAGGAAAACAUCGAGGCGUUCGGAGGCGAUCCUUCCAAAGUGACAAUUUGGGGCCAAAGUGCUGGUGCUGCCUCAGCUGGGUACCACUUACUAGCCUUCGACGGGAGAGACGACGGCCUUUUCCGGAACGCCAUUAUGCAGAGUGGUGGGCCCCUGUCUCUGGAUGAUCAGAGCAGGUCUACACAAGCAGUUUACGACAAUCUCACGAUUGUCGCAGGUUGUGGCGACGCUACCGACACCUUGGCCUGCCUCAGGUCAGCGCCAUUCGAGGUCGUCAACGACAUUGUCAACCGUACCUCAGCACGUGGCGUAUGGACGCCUCGGAUCGACGGAGAUCUAAUUGCGCGACACUCUUCCGAACAGCUCGCGGACGGUUCCUUUGUGCAUGUGCCAAUCAUGAUCGGUGCCACUGCCGAUGAAGGCACGCCCUAUGCGCCAAGAAACAUCAAUUCCACAGAGGACUUUCGACAGUGGCUGACAGGGACAGAGCGCAUCCCCGAAGCAUUUGCAGACGAGCUUGUCACAGAGUACCCCAACAAUCCUCUGUUGCCGCUUAGUCUCGCAAAUCUGCCGGUAGACUUCACACCCAACUCUUCGUAUGGUGCGGAGUAUCGGCGAGUUGUCACUUACGUCGGAGACGCGCUAUUCCAUGCAGGGCGGCGCCACUCUGCUAGGGUGUGGGCGGAGAAUAACCUCACCUCGUACUCCUACUACUUCAACGCCAUCCCUGCCUGGGGAUCUCAAAUGGACGGCGCCGCUCACCUCGCCGAAAUCCCCUUCGUCAUGUACUCACUCGAGGGAGUAGGUUGGGAGCCGGAACGAGUGGCGCCGUUCGAAGGGAAACCGGAAAGCUAUACACGACUGGCAGAGCUUGUGAGUGGUGAUUGGAUCUCAUUCGUGAGCGAGGGAGAUCCGAAUGCAUGGGAAGGUAGGGAAGAGUAUGACGUGCCAGACUGGCCGGUCUAUGGCGAUCAGGAGGGAGAGAAGCUGAACUUUGUAUAUGACGCCAACGUCACUAGUUUUGUGGAGGAAGAUAACUACAGGCUUGAGGCGAUUGAUCUGAUAAUAAGCGCCAUGGAUGUCUACGAUCGAUAG